UGUCAAUUCAUGCUUUAUAGAGGUUUUUAAAGUAACCACUUACGCGACACUGCUUUCAUAUCAUUCUUCGCUUUCCUUUCCCGUUACAUGUUACAUGUUUUUGCCUAAGCACGAGAGAUUCUUCAAAGAUUUUAUCCAUUUCGCUUGAGGAAGUGAAUCGAGUUCCUGAGGAAGAAAGAGGGAAAUGGGUGUGUUCUCUAACCGAGUCGAUAGGGAGAGCUUGAAGGCAGGGGAUCACAUCUACUCUUGGAGGACUGCUUAUAUCUACGCCCAUCAUGGCAUUUAUGUUGGAGAGGACAGGGUUAUUCAUUUCACCCAACGUGGCCAAGAAGUAGGAAAUGGAACACUGGUAGAUCGCCUUUUGGCGUGCUCAAGUUCUGCUCGAUUCCGAGUGCUCUGCCUCAAUUGCACUCCACCUGAUGAAGACCAUGGAGUUGUCUCUUCAUGCCUCGACUGUUUUCUCGCUGGUGGUGUUUUAUGCCGGUUCGAGUAUGCUGUUACCACUGCUUUCUUUCUAGCCCAAGCACGCGGAGGAACUUGCACUCUUGCAGUCGCUGACCCAGACGAUGUGGUGGUGCAUCGAGCAAGAUACUUACUUACCAAGGGUUUUGGGGACUAUAACAUUUCUAAGAACAAUUGUGAACACUUUGCAACCUACUGUAAAACCGGGCUCCUUGUAGUUUCCAGGAACAAUUGGAGUUGUGGAGGUAGUGGCCAAGCAGCAUCCAUCAAACUUGGUCGAUUUGCAGCUGUGAUGUCUAUACCACUGCGAAUCGUCACCAAUGUGCCUGUGCUUGUAGCCACAACAGCUGUUCGCUACUGUGUUGACAGGUAUGCUGAGGAUAUUGGUGUGAGAAAAGAUGUGGUCAAGGUCUCAGUGGAGGACUUGACCGAGGAACUGGCAGCCCUUUGACAUACUUUAGUUUGCCUCCACAACUCGAGUCCUUGUGUUUCAGACCAUCUCUUCCGAUGCUCUGCUGCUUUCCCUUGACAAACUUUAGUUUGCCUCCACAACUUGAGUCAUGUUUCAAACCAUCUCUUCCGAUGCCCUGUUGCUUUUCUUUGUUCUUGAUAUAUAUCUGUGGCUUAUAAAAAACAACUCAAGUCCUUGGUGGGUCAAUAAUUGGUAGGAACUUUUGGUCCUUAUGCGCAUUGUUUGUUGGAAGUUUUUGUGUUGUAAGAGUGUGUUAAAUAUGUUCAAUCACCGCUUGUAUGAUUGCAUAUGCUUGAUUGAUUACUUUGGAUCAGAGUACAAUCCUUUCAGCUA